AUGGACAACUCUAUGAAAUUCGAGUUUGUCGACUGCGACAAUUUACUCGACACGUUUGCGCCGCCCAGACAGGACUACAUGGAUUUCCGGCAGCCAGAAGACCUGUCGUUUCUGGACUACCCGGAGCAGCCCGUGUACAUGAACGACAUGGACUAUGGGGUGAACAACAUGGGCCUGAACCCCAUGGCAUUGGGAAACACCAAUUCGAACGGCGUGCUGCAACCCCAGCAGCUGCAACAGAGCCAGCAGCAGCACCACUUUCAGCACGGACAGAACAUGCUGACUCCUCCCUACCUGUCAGCCUCGGCUUCCGACAACUCUCCCGAGAGCGUUGGCAGCAGUGGACGGUCGCCUGCGUCCGACGCGUCUUCUCCCGAAAUGGCCACGUCAUCCACUUCACCCGUAGCACGCGGUGCACGAGUGGCUUCUUCUGCACCCGGCAAAGUCAUGAAGCCCAAGAAGGGCCGGUCCUCGCACAACAUGAUCGAAAAGAAGUACAGAACCAACAUUAAUGACAAGAUUAGCGCGCUGCGAGACUGCGUCCCCGCGCUGCGAUGUGCUCUCAAGGGCACCAAGGACGACGAGGAACUGGACGGCCUCACCCCAGCCUCCAAGCUCAAUAAGGCCACUGUGCUGAGCAAAGCCACCGAGUACAUCAAGCAUCUCAAAACGAAAAACGAUGAGAUGCAGGCUGAACUGGACGAGCUACGACGAAUGAUGGGCAAGGGUUCUCCCGGAUCUCGAGGUGGCUCCCCCACUAACAUGCUGCAGCAGCCCGCAGUUUUCUACGACGAGACACAAAACCAGCAGCAGCAACAGCAGAUGCGACAGCGACCCAUGGCACAACAACAGCAACCUCAUAUGCAGCACCACAUGAACCCCGCACAGCCCCACAUCCAGCAGCAGCCCCCGCAAAGCCGCUCAAACAAGGCCAUGCUGGGUCUCAUGACCGGUGUCAUGGCCACGGGCCUCAUGUCCGAUUACGGCGGAGACUCGCGAGAGCUGUCCUUCAUUCCUAUUCCCCUUCUGCGAUAUGUCCCCGCUGAGUCUGUCAAGCACGGUCUGGUUCUCCUCAAGCUGACUAUGGUCAUCGGAGCCGCCAUGCUCCUGCUGCUGCCUCUGCUGCACUCGCCUGCACCCCCACCUCACCACAAGCAGAUUGAGGCCACUUCCGUCGAGCAGUACCGACGACAGUCGUGGCUGGUCAACUCUCACUUUGUUGCCACUCCUCAGUCCUCCGCCGCCUACGUGGUUGAGAUUGCCAAGGCCAUGGGUAAGGCAUUGUUGCGAUUCCUGAUCGGCGACGGCUACCUGCUACUUCAGUCCUCCUCGUACCACCUGCCCAUUUCUCGAGCCGUCGAGGCUCAGCUGUGCGGUGGCCAGGAGAACAUGUCGCGAGCCGACCUGUUUGUGACCUACCUGCAGACCCUGACUCUUCCCCCCACCCCUGCUCUUUGUGCCACCCAGGCCAUCCAUGUUCAUGUUCUUGCCAACGGUCUCCCCUGGCUCAAGAAGGCUUCUGUGAUCAUGGCCGACCGACACUGGAAGCAGGCCCGAAAGCUAGCCUCCCAGAAGAAGCACGCUGUGCCCUCCUACCUGUCGCUGCUGCUUGCCCAGAAUGACGUUUUCGACUCUGACAUUAUUCAGCGGUUCUACAACUUUGCCCACGGUCUGGAUGCCUCUCACGGCUGCUCUCUAGGUAUGUUGGACGAAGGAUUCAUCACCGCCACCUCCGAUUCUGCUCUUAAAACACCUCUUGACGUGCUCGCUGCGUGGUACUCCACCCGAACUCUCCGGGAGGUGAUUCUGUUCCAGCUCGAAGCCAACGAGGUGGACUACAACAAGCUGGACACCGCUCAGGCCGUCUCUCCCGUCAACAGCAUUGCUAAGCGACGAGCUGCCAUUGCCCACUCUGUUGUUCUUGGCCGAAAGGACUCCAACCUGGUCAAGGAUGCUCUCGUGAUGGUCAAGGCCGAGCUUGGUGAGAUUGUCAUGCCUCCCAUGCCCGUCGAGUCUAUCGACACCGUUGAGGAGGCUGUCGAGGAGGAGGAGCCGGGGGAGGAAACUGAGGACGACGAGGCUGUUGUAGAGGACUCCGAGUCUGAAUUUUCCGAUGACGGCUCCGUAUCCGUCGCCUCCACUAUCUCCGAUACUCCUGUUUCUUACACCUCGUCCAACCCUACGGACUCUCCCGUGGCCCGAGACUCACAGAUUGCCAUCCACUGCGCUUUCAUCCUAUACUACCUGUCCGAGGGUGAGACCGAUGGCGCCACCAAGCUGCUUCAGAAGCUGCGAAUCCGAUCUGUGGAUGAGUUUGGACUGCUGUCCUUCUUUUCCGUGUGGACUCUGUUUUCCCAGCUUCAGGAGCGACCUGCCCACCGAACGACCGCUAUUGAGCGACGACUCGAGGAGCUGGUUGCUUCUGUGCGAAUCUGGCUCGGCAGCGAAAAGGCCGAGCUCGAGGGCAUUUCACUGCAUCGACGACGAUCUCUUGUUAACAAGUGUGUCAAGAUGGGCAUGGAGUUUGGCGGGUUUGAGGACGAUGAGGGAUACCAGUCUCAGUAA